AUGUCUACUUCCAAGCACAUCUCUUCAGUUUCAGAGCUAAUAGAUUUUGGUUGGGGGAAAAACAAUCAUUUUCCCGAAAUUCAUUCACCAUAUGAGUAUGCCGGUAGCACAAGGUACCGGAAGCCAGAUACACAUUCGACCGAUAGACUCAGCGAGUUGCCGGACUCAGUACUCACUCACAUUCUCUCCGUACGAACCAGCAUUCUCGGUCAAAGAUGGAGAGGGUUUUGUUGCUUCAUAAAGUGCACAACAUCAACACUUUUCAACGAGUUUCAAAUCGAGACAUGGAUUACCUUUGCCAUUGACCGCAAUGUGCGGAGCAUCGAUCUUCACUGCUCCGAGUUGGACGCUCGUAUGCCUCGUUGCCUCUUCAACUGCAGAACCCUCGUCGAAUUGAGGCUCGAAUUUUGCGUUAUCACCGAUGCUUACGAGUUCCUUACUUACCUACUCUCCGGUUCUCCGGUUAUCGAGGAGUUGGUAUUCCAAUCGACCAAUGACUUUGAUUCUUUUAAAAUAUCUUCACCCACACUCAAACGGCUCACACUCGGUCUUGCUAUUUUCCGGUCUGACGACCUUGACUGCAUGUUGGAGUCAGAUACCCCUGCACUUGUUUAUCUCCGGUCAGUUGAUUUGUCAGCCGGUCGUAUCAAAUCUGUGGAGCUAACCUCAUUAGUUGAAGCAAAUAUCCAUAUUUUCAAUAAUAUCAAGCCACAAGACAGUUUUAUUUAUUCUCGACUACUGGUGGAACUUAUCGAUAGGCUCCGUAAUGUGAAGUGCCUGAAAUUAGUUCUAACACAUAGUACAGAGGUUUGCGUUAAAUCCAUUUAUCAGCUCAUUGUAUAUAUUGAUUGAUUUAGUGAUGGUAAAAUCUUAUACUGACUACGUGCUUGUUUUUUCCAGAUUAUUGGUUCACUAUUCUCGGAGAGGAAUAUAAGUUUUCGUAACUUAACCAACCUCGAGUUGACUACUAAUUGCCCCUUUCUCUUGAAGUUUCUUGAAAACGCCGAUAAUCUUAAAAUCCUUACUCUCCACGAGGUUUGUUGGCGCAACAAAAGAUAAUACAAUUUUUCUCUCGUUUAUGUCCUAUUUAU